AUGCAUUUUUGUGUGCGGCUGAUACGCUGCUCCUGCGAGGCGUGCGCCAACGAUGUCCCGUACACUCACUGCAAGUGGAGAGGGAAAACGCAGCAGUGUUGUGUGCUGGACAUUGUGACUGUGUGGGAGGCUGGAGCUCAUGCAAGUCGCCGCCGGCCUGAGAGGCGUAUUCGGCUAACAGAGCCAAUGAAGGUGGUUGCCAGGGAAAUGGCGGCUCACCGCCACCGCCCUACCCGGAUUCGAAACGCGCUUCUCCGCGGUUCCAACCUUGGCCAGAACAGCUUGCCAUCUGUUGCAGCGGUGCAGCGAUUUGUUCACCAUUAUCGUGCUGCCCACCUAGGCGGCAGCGACUUCUGGGAUUUCUCGAACUUAGUGCGCGAGAGGGGCUUCACAGGCCAAGAAGAAUUGAUUGAAGGCUUUACUUUCACAUGGAAUAUGGAUGGCGAAGGCCGUCCGGUUGUAGGUAUUGGCACCGACAUGGAUUCGUUUGUUGUGGAGCUCUAG